AUGUCCCGAUCCCCCCAGCCUGGACCUCAUGAGGUUCUCAUCAAAGUGAUCUACUGCACUAGUAACCCACGAGACUGGAAAGCUCCUGACCACUUGAUUCUCCACAAAGAAAUACAUCAAGGGAAUGAAAUGUCCGGUAUCGUUGAGAGUAUCUGCACUGAAGUCUACGAGUUUCGCGCAGGCGAUCGCGUUGCCACCGGGGAUCCAAUGCAGACUGCGAAUGGAACUUACUAUGCCGAAUAUGCCAUAGCACCUGUCAACACAUGUUUCCUCCUACCGCCAAAUAUUUCAUUCGCAGUGCAUGGUCAGUCUACACCGUUCUGCGAUCAGAAAUGCGAAGAGGAUGUGGAUUUUGCUUAUGCUUUACUUCGUCUUGUGAGCAAAUGGCUUGCUGAGGGAAGAUGA